AUCACAGUUUUAAGAUACUUUUGCGUUACCUGAGACAGUUAUAGUUUAAUGUUACAGUUUAAGUCACACCUGAUGAAAUGUAAAGAGAUUAAAAUAUUACUCAGGUAAAAGUAAACACCUCCCAUAUGAAGAGUGGUCGGGUAAAAGGCUAAUGUUUAAUGUAAUUAAGGGACAAGAGUAAGAAGAGUAUAUUUUCAUCUGUUGGUUACAUUUCCCUGAUCAUCACUGUGGGGAGGAUUAUAAAGUCUCACCUGUGCUCAAACUGUCUACCUGAAAAGCAAGAGCAUCAUUACCUUGUUUCCUGAAGACACACCCUUCAUUUCUCUGAUAACGCAGAGAAAUGUGUGAGCGUGAGUGUGAGCUGACGUUACACGUUCCUCUGUGUGAGUGUCGUCCCGAGCUGGAUCUGAUUCUGAUCUGAUCCUGAUGUGAUCUCAGGCUUCAGCUACAGAAGCAGCAGCCACCACCGGUGUCAACAGAGGCUUUGUGACAGAGGUCGUAUCUGCGCUGGAUAAACACAGCCGGGGCCCAUUUGAAGUCAGAUAAUGACUUGUGAGAUGAAAGUCAGCCAGUUCAACCAGCGACUGUGUGGCCAUGAAUGAAAUAGUUUGACACCUGGUCUCACAUGCCAUCGGGGUUGAUCAGCAGCAGCGCAGUUAAAGAUUGAUCACUCUGUACACAGAGGCUCAUGAUCACAGAGCUCUCUCUCUCUGUGUGUGCUAACGUGCGUUUCCCUUUUUGGAAUUUGAAUGCAACUUGCAGGGAAUUUGCCUCACGCCCACUCCAGCACUUAAGCCGCACGCACAGUAAUUGGGGAGUUGUCCCUGUAAAAAUAAAGGAUCAAGCCCGGGCUCGUACCUGCUGCUCUCUACAGCAUCAGGUGGGUGAAGUAAGAGCAGGUUGAUCACUGGAGACGUCAAAGCCAGCAGUGCUCGGUGUUUGGUUUUGGUUCCCAGGGUAGCUGACAGGAGAAUGUUCCCUGACUCAUAGCUGCUGCUGCUGCUGCUGCUGCUGAUAAGCCGGUGAUAUAUGACUGUACGGCUCCUGCACUAUCAUGAGGAGGAGAAGCCAGAGGUCACAGCCAACUCCACAAGAAUUUGCUGCGUAUCACCCUUUCGAUUUUAAAGCAAUUAAGGAACAUAUGAGGGAGGACGGUGUAAUGGUGAACAUUAAAGGAGCAACAUGGAAGAAUUAGAGUUUGAAAACUUUCAGGAUGUCUGUGUAAUGUGUUGAAGAGAUAUCCACUGAAGUAUGCAUGCUAACCUGCUAGCCUCUUUCUCCAGACCCUCCAAAGCUCCUGUGCUGUCUGCUUUAACACCAUCAUUCACCUACGUAUCAAAGGGUUCAUUAGCAUUGGUUGGCGGUUCAUCUGGCGGUAUGCUGCCCAUGUUUCAUGGCAGUUUGACUCCAGGGCGGCCCAUUCUUACAUAAUGCACCUUUUAAGUGUAUGAUGGAAACGCUCGUCUGUCAGUGAACGUCACAUCAACACUGUGUGAACAGAAUCCUGUCUGACUGGUGUCCCUGAGCCGCAGACGUGAUAAUGUUUCCACCUCUCUGGGGUUUUUUCUUCGCGCUGCCUCAGGACUCCCGGCAGGUCGUUUUUUCUCUGAGGCUCACAAUGAGUCACGACCCGGUCAUCAGCCCCGCAACUGGACCUACUUGUUCAUGCUUCUGAGGGAGUAUAUGCAGGUCAGCCGGGUCAUGCUGAUGGACCAGGACACUCAGUGGCUGUACCAACUCCUGGCCGAGGUCCAGUUGGAGAAGUUCUACCUGCGCGUGAGAGAUGGCCUCAACAUCACCCGCGUCGAGCACUUCUCCUACGUCAAGGAGUCGGACCUGGAGCAUAUUGGAAUCAGCAAACCAGCACAAAGGAGAUUGUGGGAGGCUCUGAAACGCUACAAAGUGAAAUCCCGCUCCUGGAUACCAAAGGUGUUGAGCGGUCGAGGUGAUGGCGGGGAGCAGGGCGAUGGCGGCGGCCGCGCUCAGCCUCAGGAGGGCGCUGGCCGGGCUCUGCCGUCUCUCAUCCAGGACAGUGAGCUGCUGCUGGGGGAGAAGCUGGGCUCGGGGUCCUUUGGGGUGGUGAGGAAGGGAGAGUGGCACACGCCCACCGGGAGAGUGUUGCCCGUCGCCGUGAAGUCCCUCAAGAGCAGCAUGUCCAAGCAGCCGGACACUCUGACCGACUUCCUCCAGGAGGUGACCACCAUGCAGUCACUGGACCACCCCAACAUCAUCCGGCUCUACGGCGUGGUGCUCACGCAGCCCCUCAAGAUGGUGACGGAGCUGGCCCCCUUUGGUUCUCUCUACGACACGCUGCGCUCACGUCAGUACGAGUUCCCUCUGCUCCGCCUCUGGCUCUUUGCGAACCAGAUCGUGGCGGGUAUGGAUUACCUGGAGACCAGGAGGUUCAUCCACAGGGACCUGGCCGCGAGGAACGUGCUGCUGGCGUCCAGGGAGACGGUGAAGAUCGGCGACUUUGGCCUCAUGCGAGGCCUGAGCCAGGAGAGGGACCACUACAUCAUGUCGGCACACAGAAGGAUCCCGUUUGCGUGGUGUGCUCCGGAGAGCCUCCGCGUCGGCUCCUUCUCCCACUCCUCGGACGUGUGGAUGUUCGCUGUCACCCUGUGGGAAAUGUUCACCUACUGUGAGGAGCCCUGGUUCGGUCUGUCGGGCAGACAGAUUUUGUGGCGCGUGGAGCGGGAGGGCGAGCGCCUGGAGAGACCGCCGGACUGCCCGCAAGAACUGUACGCGGUCAUGAGGAAGUGCUGGGCCUGCAAUCCCUCUGACAGGCCCAGCUUCGCCCAGCUCACCACGAUGGUGGCAGAGGCUAAACCGAUGGAGGUGCAGGCAACGAGAGACUUUGCCGAGCCCAGGAAACUCACACUCGUGGCCAGCGACCUUGUGACCGUCAUAGACCACGGUCUGGAGCUGUGCGAGUGGAAGGGCCAGAACCAGAGGACGCUGUCCGUCGGCUGGUUUCCGGCGAGCCUCACCGCGCCGUCGCUCCCUCCCGCCGCCGCCGCUGCCCUCGCCGGGACCUCCGCCGCUGCCCUCGCCGGGACCUCCGCGCCCAACCCUGCGCCUACCUCAGCUUACAUCUCGCCCCCGAUGAAGGGCAGCCUGCAGCACACGGGCCACGGAGACAUCAACCCCGAGCGCUCCUGGGGGACACCUGAGGGCCAGGACGACAACGGCAGCUGGAGGCCGAACCCCGCCAGAGAGAAGGGCGGCUCCAAUCUGCAGAAAAUGGCAGGUAUGUCCCGGAGCCUGGAGUCGGUCGUGAGCGGACAUCGGCCUCGCUCUCACACGGUCGGGGUGCUCAGAGUGGAUCAGCAUGGCAGACUCAUGCCUCCCAUGAUGGCAGCUCACAGCGUGCAGAUGCAGCAGGACCCGCGCCGCUUCAGCGAAGCCAGCAUCAUUCCGCCCCCGCGACCGCCGCCACCCAACCUGAAGCGUUUCAACGUGAAAUCCCAGAGGAGGCCCCAAAACUUCCCGGCCCCCGGCACGCCGUGGCCUCCGCAGGCAGUCCAGCCCCCUGGUGCCCAACCUCAUCCGCCACCGCAACACCCACACCAACCCCAGCAGGCAGUCGGAGGCUCCAACCUGGUCAAAAUGGCCCACAUGGCGCGCUCGACCCCGCAGCUGGACGAUCACACAGACACCAGGGAGAGGGACCGAGAGAGGGAGCGCAACAGAGACCGAGAGAAGUCGCCUCACGUUCAGAACACGAAGGACGGCCUCAUCUCACAGGUGAUGGAAGCAGUGCAUGGAGUGACCAUUGAAGAGGUUCAUAUGGCUCUUCAGCGCAGUGACUGGAACCCAGUGCACGCUGAGCAACAACUCAAGCAUGGGAGAAGAAAGCUCGGGUUUUGGAGUAAGAGCUUUGACCUUGAGAUGAUCCCCGCCCACGGCAUCUUUCAACCCUCCAGCCUGUUCUGCCAGACCGUCCCGGGGAGGAGACGGAGGAGGUCGAGGAUGGGAGACGUGCUCGUCAAGUUUGGAUUCAAGGCUGCUCCCGGAUAACGUCUGGUGGAAGGGAGAGGCCGUGGAGGAAGUGAGGAUGAGAGACUGUUACGCCCACACCUUUACAGAGACCUGUCUCCACCACAACAUCCAGGAUCAAGCUGUUGCACUCGAGGGAUGGACCGGGUUCAGAACCCUGGACGAGGAGAACUGGACUCUUGAUGUCGAACUUCUGAUAUUAAGAUGCCAACCGCAUUAUCAUCAGCGUCUAUUGGUCACAUUCACACCUACACAAAUGCAAAAAAUGGACUGUUUACGUAUAUGUAUUUAUCUAAAUAACUGUAUACACGUUCUAUUGUUGUCUGAGUUUAUACACUUGUGUUACGCCUCCCUGUUUUGUUUAAUGCCCAAUAAAUGACCCUGAACCGUCUAAUGUAUAUGAUUCUGUGUAACAUAUAUUUUUAAAUAUAUUUUGAGUUCACAUUAUCCCAACAAUGUUCAGACCCCUGGACGUCUGUCUGCGUCUCGUUUGAUCGCUGUAACUUCCAGUGAAACGUCAGCGAGCGAGACGGGGAGUCAGCUAAC